UAGAUCAAGCCGGGCACAGUUAAAAGUUAUUAAAUAAUAGCGGAAGCAUGUGAUCAUUAAUAAUGAAGGACUUACUUUCCAAAUUCGUUUUAUUUCUUGCUACUACCAAGAUUCCUGCCUUCUUCCAUCCUCUCCGCUUUUGCUCCCCUUUCUCUCAUCAAGACACUGAAAUCAAAAUAAUGGAGAAACUUAUUUCAAAUUGGUACGAUGUGCGACCCGUGCCUGAGGAUUACAUAUUUCUACCAGAAAAAAGAUCAGGAAACGUUCACGUUCCCAUAUGGUGAAGGCAUCCCGGUGAUUGAUCUCAGCGAAGCAGAGGAAGGUGACCGAACUCUUACCAUUCAGAAAAUUCUCAAGGCUGCUCAAGAUUGUGGAUUCUUUCAGGUGAUCAAUCACGGAGUUUCGGAGAAUCUAAUGAAUGAAACAAGUGUGCUGAAGGAGUUUUUCCAGACGCCGGUUGAGGCCAAGAAAAACGUGUACACCGAAGACUUUAGCAAUAAUUGCAUUCUUUUUACCAGCAGCAUAGGUUAUGCAAACGAGAAAGUCCAUCUCUGGCGUGACUUCUUGAAACACACUUGCCAUCCUCUAGAGAAGUGGCAACAUUCUUGGCCUGAAAGCCCAGCUAGAUACCAGUGAAUGAUGCAUCCUAUUCAAUAAAACUGCUCUACCCACAAAUUUUACCUGAAUUUUUGGGCUUAGUUACUUGCUCUGAAUAGGUUUGUCUUCGUUGUUGUUUGACACAGAGAUUGUCGGGGCAUGUUCUGUUGAAGUUAAGAAAUUGGCUUCGAGGAUUCUGGGAUUGAUCAGUGCAGGACUCGGGUUGAAAAAUGGAUACUAUGACGAUGAACUAAGCGGAAGCAUGGUAAUGACAGCUCUUCACCAUCCACCAUGUCCAGAGCCAAGUCUGACUCUGGGAACGUCCGGGCAUGUUGAUGCUGAUCUCAUUACCAUUCUGCUUCAAGAUGAAGUACACGGCCUUCAAAUCUUGAAUGAUGACAAGUGGAUCGGCUUUUGACCUAUUCCACACGCAUAUGUGGUCAACACGGGCGCCCUCCUUCAGGUACUCACUCUGACUAUAUGAUGUACACUGUCUUACAUAUACAUACACACGUAUAUAUAUCAGGUUGUGGUUAGCUGUGAUUGAUUUGGUAUCCGGGAGUGCAGGUGAUAAGUAAUGAUAAGGUAAAAAGUGCGAAACACCAGAGUGGUGACAAAUAAAAGUAGAUUUCGAACAUCAUCUGCAUUUUUUGUGACUGCUGUAGAAGACAGUAUACCAGCAGAAGCUGUUGUUGAUGAAGUCCAUCCUGCCAUCCACAAACCCUUCACCGCUAUGGAUUUUGUUACUAAAUUCCUUGAAAGUGAUGCUGACACUGAGGCAACCUUUAAUUAUUUCAGGCCAUGAAAAGGAAGAACACUUUUUGAUGUUGCUUUAGGAAAUUUUUGUAUGUUUGAUUUCAGUUGUUUGAGCAGGUGUUUUGCGUCUAAAUAUUUUCAAAGCCAUUCUUUAAAAAAAAAAGAAAAAAGAAAAAACAAGAAAUUGAAAACAUUUUAAUA